AUGCUGUCCAAUUCAUCGUUUUGUCAAAGAGCUUCAGUCACACGUCUAGUUCAAAGUGUGCAGCUGCUUGCUCCGAACGCAAGAACCUGGCUCGGGCGGGCGUCGUACGACCAGCCCCUGUACGGAGCGGCGAGCGGCGGUGCGCUGGUGCGAGGCCAGCGCGUACCAGCAGUUAGCUCCAGCGCGCAGCGACACAGGUACAGCACUGUAGCUGGCGGAUCGCUCGGUGAAUUUGACGUAGUUGUCAUCGGUGGUGGACCUGGUGGCUACGUUGCUGCGAUCAAGGCUGCGCAACUUGGCCUGAAAACCGCCUGUGUAGAAAAACGCGGGAGUCUUGGCGGUACCUGCUUGAACGUCGGUUGCAUCCCGUCCAAGGCGUUACUACACUCGUCUCACCUCUAUGAGGAGGCGAAACAUGCUUUCCCAACCCAUGGAAUUCGCAUCGAGGGCAAAGUCACGUUAGAACUUCCUGCGAUGAUGAAGCAGAAGAUGAACUCUGUUCGGGGCCUCACGAAAGGCAUUGAGGCGCUAUUCAAAAAGAAUCAGGUGACGUAUGUGAAAGGCACGGGAAAGCUAGCGAGCGCGACGCAGAUAAAGGUGCGCCCUCCAGAUAGCGACGAGUUUGCCCAGGAGAUACAUGCCAAGAACAUUAUUAUUGCAACUGGCUCGGAACCUGUAGCCCUGCCCAUGCUUCCCUUCGAUGAGAAACGGGUCGUAUCGUCGACAGGAGCGCUCUCUCUUCCAACGAUACCCCAGCGGAUGGCGGUCAUUGGCGGCGGCUAUAUUGGCCUCGAAAUGGGCUCCGUCUGGCGACGUCUCGGGGCCGAAGUAACCGUCAUAGAGUUCACCGAUCGGAUCGUGCCGGCCAUGGAUCACGAAAUCGGUGAUCGUUUUCUGCAAAUCCUGAAAAAGCAGGGACUCAAGUUCAAGCUGGGAACCAAAGUCACGGGAGCCAAGAUUCCCGCGGAGCCAUCACCCGUCACGUUGGAGCUGGAGUCCGCCAAAGACAGCAGCAAGAAAGAGACGUUCGAUGCGGACGUGGUGCUGGUAGCAACCGGUCGCCGCCCCUACACCGCGGAACUCGGCCUCGAGGCACUCGGUAUCGAACUAGACGAUCGGGGGCGGAUCCCCAUCGAUGAUGCAUUUCGGACGCGUGUUCCCAACAUCUACGCUAUUGGCGACGUGGUGCGCGGGGCGAUGCUCGCGCACAAAGCCGAAGAUGAGGGCAUUGCCUGCGCUGAGACCAUCGCCGGACACAAGGCACACCUGAAUUACGAUUGCAUCCCAGGUGUUGUGUACACGCAUCCAGAAGUCGCUUCUGUUGGCAAGACCGAGGAGGAACUGAAAGCAGCGGGCAUUGCCUACAACAAGGGUACGUUCCCGUUCAUGGCGAACAGUCGGGCCCGUACCAACGACGCAGGCGGCGAUUUUACCCAGGGCCUCGUGAAGGUGCUCGCGGAGAAGCAGACCGACCGGAUCCUAGGACUUCACAUCAUUGGACCUGGUGCCGGUGAGAUGAUCGCUGAAGGUGUGCUGGCGAUGGAGUACGGAGCAUCCAGCGAAGAUAUCGCUCGAACCUGUCACGCGCACCCGACGCUAAGCGAGGCGCUUCGCGAAGCCGCCAUGGCAACCUUUGAUCGACCUAUCCAUUUCUGA